CUCAGAGAACCGGAAUCGAAUUUGAGAAGAAGAAGAAGGAAGAUGGGGAAAAUACCGGUGAGGAUGAAGGCGGUGGUUUACGGGCUCUCGCCAUUUCAGCAGAAGGUGAUGCCCGGUCUCUGGAAAGAUCUGCCGUCCAAGAUCCACCACAAGAUCUCCGAGAAUUGGCACAGCGCUAUCUUCGCCGUCGGACCCGUCGUCGGAACCUAUGCGUACGUGCAGAACUACAAAGAAAAAGAGAAGUUGGAGCAUAGGUUCUGAAGUCAUACUUUCAAUUGAUGUAUUUUCCUGUUCAUGCAAAUAAUUUCAGUUUUUAGGUUUUUGGCUUCUGUUCAAGUUGGUGAAACUUGUACUUACAGGGUUAAGCUAUGGUACUUGGCAUUCCAGUUCUUGUCUUGACUUGUAGCCGUUAAAGUGACAAUUUUUUUGGGUAUUGCUAGACCUUGAAAGAGUCUAGAGCAUUCUGAGAGAAUAAUAAUUUUAAUCAUGGCU